UGCAAGUCGAGAAACUGGGACGAUAGACAUAUUUUCCCCAACAACACGCCAGUUUCAUUCUUACCCAACACCGCAGUAUUUCUUGUUCAAACAUGACGCUCGCAAUUGCGCUGAUUGCGCAAAUUGUGUUAGUAGUCGGUUUUGCCCGUCCAUCGUCUGCCGACCAGAAACUUCUGUUAAGUGAGGAAUUCGAUUCUAUGGAAAGGUGGGACAAUGUCGUUACGUCUUACCGAAUGAACGAGAAUCAGUUUCAGUACUACACCCGUCGACCAGAAAACAGUUUUAUCAAGGAUGGAAAACUAUUCAUUAAACCAACAUUGACGACUGAGCGUUUCGGAGAAAAGUUUUUACAUAACGGCAAGUACAACUUGAAAAGAGAAGGAUGUAAUCUGGCCGUGGACGGUGGAUGCGUACUUAAAGCGAAUCAUGACAUAGCCAAUCCUAUUCAGUCAGCAGCACUAGUGACAAAAUCAACAUUUACUUUCACUUAUGGGACUGUCGAGAUUCGAGCAAAGAUGCCACGGGGCGAUUGGCUCUGGCCAGAAAUAUCCCUGAUGCCGAAAAAUAAUGUCUACGGCGAAUGGCCACGAUCCGGCUAUAUCGGCUUGGUGUCCGUCAGAGGAAAUAAUGCAUUUACGUGUAACGGACAAUCAGCGGGAAAUAACGUGAUGGAAUCGUCACUGGAAUGGGGACUAAACGAUGACCACAUCAAAUCGAUAACGUGGACAAAGGAGGCGCAAGGUAAUGGUAGUUUCUCCUCCGAUUUCCGGACCUAUCGAUUUGAAUGGAAUCCCAGUAGCAUGCAUUAUUUUGUCGAUGAUCAGAUGGUGGGCUCUUUGGAGCCACCUAUAGAAGGAUUUUGGGAACUAUCCCGGUUUAAUGACACAGUUGAUAAUCCUUGGAUCAAUGGCACUUCAAUGGCUCCGUUUGACCGAGAAUUUUUCAUCGCAAUCAAUGUCGCCGUGGGUGGUGAUUUUUUCCCCGACAGUUGCGAGAAUUAUCCGUACCCAAAACCAUGGAACAAUUCUUCGCCAGACGCCUCCAUGGGUUCUUUUUGGGAGAAGAAAGAUCAGUGGUACCCUACUUGGUCUCAGUGUUCCGUUGAUGAUUCCGCCCUUCAAAUUGAUUAUGUUCGCGUUUACGCCCAUCCAACAAUAGGAUAACGAUUCUUCUACCUUUUCAUGACUUGUAUAUGUCAUGUACUUAGGCUUGUACAUGGUAACAUGUACAGUAUAUACGGUAUGUCAGUAUGACCGACUACCUAUCUCGAUAUGAUAGCUCGGAUGUAUUGCACAAAAUAUCUCAAUCAAUUGUAAGAAACGUGAAAUGAGAAUUGCAGAAAAUUGAGAAUGUCGUACAAAGAAUAAAUUCAUUCGAACUA